AUGGGCGACUUCGACGUUGAACGAGUCCUGAUUGACACGGGGAGCACCGUCAACGUACUAUGCUGGCAAACGCUAGAGAAAAUGGGCGUCACACCAGACCAACUGAGACCCGAAACUCGACCGCUGAUGGGCUAUGAUGGGGUCGCUAAGAUGUCGAUGGGCGACGUAAAGCUGCAAGUACGAGCCGACGGAGUGACCCGGAAGACUAAGUUUGCAGUCGUUGAUGCACCACCAAUCUACAACGCUAUUUUGGGGAUACCAUGGAUAUAUGCAAUGAAUGCCUUACCAUCGACCUAUCACCUCUGCCUCAAAUUCCCGACCACCACAGGAAUUUGCACACUUUACGGCGACCAUAGGGUGGCUCGAGUCUGCUAUGUUAUCGAAAAGAAGAAGAGAAAGACGGAGGAUGCAUAG